AUGGUUCUUUUUUCUUUCUUACUCGGGCGAUUUUCCUAUUUAUUCUGCUUUCCUAUAACCUGGGGUAUCGUUGCCGGCUGCUUGGCCGCACCCGGCAACUUCAGUGGCUUCACGGCCGUUCGAUUCCUGCUCGGUUUUACUGAAGGUGGUGUAUCGCCCGCCUUUGUUAUCAUCACUGGUUCCUGGUACAAGAAAUCAGAGCAGCCUUUCCGAGUCGCCGGAUGGGUGACUUGCAAUGGUCUUGCCCAGAUAUUCGGUGCUCUGAUCAUGUAUGGCAUUGGCCUUGCCGGCAACACUGCCAUCUCCAACUGGCGAGUUAUGUUCCUCGUCUGUGGAGGUUGGACUGUACUCUCUGGUAUCCUUUUCCUUAUGUUCAUGGCACUAGGCCCUGGGACGGCCUGGUUCCUCAAUGCGCGCGAGCGGAGCAUUGCCACCCAAAGGUUGGCCGAGGAGCGAAUUUCCAAGGAGCAGACAACGUUCAAAGUGUCUCAGAUCAAAGAGGCCUUGCUGGAUCAUCGCUUGUGGCUCUUGGUCAUUGGUGCUUUCUGCAAUACGCUCGCCUCUCCCGUCAUCAAGUUUGGAACAUUGGUUAUUAAUGGAUUCGGCUGGUCGAAGCUUAACACAAUGCUCAUGGCCACUGUUUUCUCACCAACGAUGGUUGUCUUCCUGAGCCUGAUCGCCUCAAACUUCAAAGGCAACACGAAAAAGUCCGUGGCCAGUAACAGCUACUUCAUACUUUACGCUGCCGCAGCCAUUGCCGGGCCACAGCUAUGGACGAAUGCGCCAAGGUAUAUUGAAGGCGCCAUUACUGACAUUGUUGCCAUUGGAGCGUGCAUUGCCGUUUUAGCGUUGUUUGGUCUCUCAGUCGGAUGGGAGAACAAACGACGGGACAAGAAUGACCAUCGAACGGCUGAGGAGCAAGGCUCAGGCGAUGCCGAUGUUACGGACAAACAGGACAAGGACUUCCGAUAUACCUGGUAG